AGCCCCGGUUGCAGCAUUGGACAUGGCGGCUGGUUGUGCCAGGGCCUUGGUGGCCGCCCUGGGGUUGCUUAGUGUCUGUGCAGCUAGUGGCUCUGGGUCCAUGGUGCAGGAGGAGGCCGGUGAGGAGUCGGAGUGGGCGGAGCCAUGGGAUGGCGCGGUUUUCCGGCCGCCCUCAGCGCUGGGCGCAGUGGGGGUGGCGCAGAGCCCUGGGACCCCGAGGCCAGGGAGGGAGCAGAUGGUGGACCUGCCCGUGCUUCUGUGGUGGAGCCCCGGGCUGUUUCCCCACUUUCCGGGCGAUUCGGAGCGGAUCGAGUGCGCACGCGGGGCGUGCGUGGCGUCCCGGGACCGUCGUGUGCGGGGGCACCCGCAGGCCCGCGCGCUGCUUUUCUACGGCACCGACUUCCGUGCGUCCGAGGCGCCGCUGCCACGCCUGGCCCACCAGAGUUGGGCACUCCUGCACGAGGAGUCGCCCCUCAACAACUUCUUGCUGAGCCACGGCCCAGGCAUCCGUCUUUUCAAUAUUACCGCCACCUUCAGCCGCCACUCCUGGAAAGAGAUGUGGCUGCAAGAUUAUUGGCAAGGUCUGGACCAGGGAGAAGCUCUCACUGCCAUGAUCUACAACAAUGAGACACAGCAGAGGAAGUUUUGGGAUUACUUACAUGAGAUCUUCAUAAAAAGGAACCAAAAUCACUAAUGGCUCUUGGAACUUGCAAAUGGCUUAACUCAGAAGACCUAAGAUUUUAUUCUAUCAUGGCACAUAAGGAAUAGCCACUGCAGAAGCCCUUGGUAUUGUCUUAUUAUGGAUUCAGUUGUAAUUUUUUUCUUGACUUGGGUGUUUUGAGGAUGUUAGGUUUUUAAUCACUGAACUGCUCUAUUAUAUCAUAGAGAUAUAGCUAAGGUCUCUACCUUGCUAACAGGAGAGUGGAGGCAUGUCAUUCUUGGUUCCGUGGGAAUCAGAAGCCUGAAACACUUAUUUGAUUCAAUGUGCUGGCUCAGUAGGAUUUUUAAAGGACUUAAAAAUAGCACUUUUCUGGUUUAUUGCAUCCUUUCCCAUUUGUGGGACAGAUGGGCCACAUUCUGACUUGACUUCUGUUACUCUAACUCUUCAUUCUUCAGCACUUUUCAUAGUCAUUUCUUUCCCUAUGUUUUGCUUCAUAAACUUAACAUUGAUGAGGAAGCAAAACUUCUGAUGGGCUUUAUUCUAGUUUGUACGGUUUUUUUAAUUUAAAAUUAAUUUGUUAAUUUUCUUGAGAUGGGAGGAGUAGUUUUCACUAUGUUGUUGCCCAGGCUGGCCUCCAACUCCUGGGUUCACGUGAUCUUCCUGCCUCAACCUUCAAAUAGCUGGCUACACAUGCACGUCUAAGUCUUGAAGUUAGUUUUUUUUUUUUCUUUUCUUUUCUG